CUUAACUCCCCCCCACCCAAAACAAGAGGAUUUCUUCCCUACCAGAAGAGCACCCCCCACCACCCCAAAAAAGAGCACCCCCUUUUCUGUACCCCCAUCUCUGUGGAAUGCCUUCUGGCAUGUUUAGCAUUGAUAAUAUUUUGGCUGCCAGACCUCGCUGCAAGGAGUCAGUGCUGCUCCCCCAGAAUGGCCCUGUGGUGUUCCCCACUUUGGGAGACUCUCUCUAUGGGACUGCAGACUACAGCGGAUUUUACAACAGGGCAGUAGCCCCAACGUCUACCCUGCAGGGGGUAAAUGGAUCUAGACUGGGCUUUAAUAACUAUUAUUAUGGACAAUUGCACGUGCAAGCCCCAGUGGGGCCCUCUUGCUGUGGGGCCCUUCAGCCUCUUGGGACUCAACAGUGUUCAUGUGUUUCAGCAGCCACAGCCUAUGACGGCACAAGCUCGAUGCUGAUGCCCCCCGUCCCCCAUCAGAUGCUCCCCUAUAUGAAUGUGGGUACCCUCUCCAGGACAGAGCUUCAACUCCUUAACCAGCUUCACUGCAGGAGAAAGAGAAGGCACAGGACCAUCUUCACAGACGAACAGCUAGAAGCCCUGGAAAACCUCUUUCAGGAGACAAAAUAUCCAGAUGUGGGCACCAGAGAACAGCUGGCCAGGAGAGUCCAUCUCAGAGAAGAAAAAGUGGAGGUGUGGUUCAAGAAUCGCAGAGCGAAGUGGAGGAGACAGAAAAGGUCUUCAUCAGAAGAGUCAGAAAACACCCAAAAGUGGAACAAAUCCUCUAAAUCGGCAGCAGAGAAAACAGAGGACCAAGGGAAAAGUGAUCUGGACUCAGACAGUUGAUUGUUGGACCUGAACUCAAACACAAGAACUUACAAUCAGUAACAGACCGGUUGCUCAAGCAAUGCCAUAUAUUGGGACCUGUACAUAGAGUGUAAAUAUCAAGUUGAUUUCGUGUAAAUAAAGUAUGUUGCAGACAUCUUGCACAGAUGUACACUGUACCGAAUGUCCUAUUUAUACCAUAAAUUAAAGGGAUUACGUCAAUAAA